AUGCCAGUCCUCACGAAGCAGUACCAUCACUUUAUCCCUCAAUUCAUCCUCAAACAAUUUGCAUAUACCGAGUCGCCAACCAAAAGUUCCGGAAACGGAAACGGCCUUUUGAACCUAUUUGACCUACAAACCAACCAAUUCAUCACCGAAGAGGUCAAAAGGUCAUGCGGAAUGUACAAUCUGUAUUACAUGGAGAAUGACCCGGAACAUAUGAGAAUCAAGGAUCUUUUCAGCGGCAUAGAGAGCCAGACGAGCCAGAUAUUUAUCAAGAUCAGAAAUGCCGCAAAGGAAAAACUCGACCAUGUCAAUAUCCUCGAGAAGAAUAUUCACCUUUUAUUCAAGUUUAUGGUCCUCUCCCUCCGACGCCCCAAGCAGUACCGAGACGAAAUGCAAAAUCCAUACCGUGAGAAUGACUUUAUGUUCCAGCGCCUCGAAGAGGCAUCGCGAAAAGAGGGUCGAUCCAGCGAUCCAGGAGAAGUCUGGCUUGAGCAAAUACUAUAUCUUUUGAAAGCGACCCACGAGGACCUUCUUGCAGAUGCAGAGCGUCCUGGUGAUAGCACUUCUAAAGCCAGUGCGCAGACCUACAAGCACUUUAUCGAGAAUUACGCCCUUCAGAUCUGGCACGCGGCGGAUGGCUACGAGUUCUUUCUCAACGAGAAAACAACCGAACACGGGCCUCAGCUUAUGUGGAUGACCACAGAUGACAUGAUACACGUCAUUCUUCCUAUAAGCCCGACACUUGCUGUCGUGUUCUGUAACGAAUCAAGAUGCUGGGAGUCGCCAUUCGCCGAUGCUAUAAUUCGACACGAGAAGACCUACCCGCAGAACAGCUUGCUGGCAAAAGCACCGCACAAGGAUAUUGUCACUGGCCAGGUACCAGCCACGAGGAAAGGAAGGAAACGAUGGCCCGCAACGGUAGACUGGAGAGUCAGUAUUGGCAAACUUUCACAACAGCACCAUCGAGUCAUCGCGUCCUACUCACUCAGUCAUGCUCGCUCAAUCGUCGUCUUCAACAGUAGAGCGCGAUUUGAAAAGGCUCAAAAGGAACUGGAAGUAUUUGCCAAGCAAAGAGAAGAAGUUUGGACGAGGCAGGGAAUUCGAUACGGUCAAAUGAGUGGGCAGCAAUAUGCUCAUGAAACGACGGAGCUCAGUCCAGAGCGGUUGAACAGGAUGGUAGAUUACCAUAUAUCUGCCUUGGACGAAGUUCUACAUAUCAUAAGAGUCACUCAGGAAAUCCCACCGCGAAGCAAGGAAAACUCUUGCAAGUUCUGGUUCGCUUUCAAGGCUAUUCUAUCAUUUGUCGCUGCAAAAGCAGAGUCCCCUGAGACGGUGCCCAUCAUGCACCCUGCUAUGCUAGCAGCAUUUGAAUCCCUUUAUCCUCCAAAACAACCAGAACAUAAAGAUCUUUUUAUCAUGGACUUUGUCGGGUUUCUCGACUACAGCAUGGGCGAAGCAACAUUUGCCCAACUUAUUUCCGAAAUCGAACAAACGAUCUCGGAACGGAUUACAAAGGUUUCCUUCCUAGCUCCAGAGCUCCAGAAGUAUGAGAAAUUGCUUGGACUCGUUCUGGGAUCUAUGGCCCCGAAAGUUGAUGGAACAGACCAGCCCUACCCUCCAGCAGAGGAUCUCCACAGGCAACCCUGCUUUAAAGCAAUUUUCGGAGCAACUCAGACAUUCCAUAUAUUGAGAUGGAUGUUCGAAGAGCGACAAGAUAUUCUAGCAACCUUUGUUCAGCGGUGUGCUGUGCCUUUGAAGGAUGCACAGCCCAAUCUCAUUCGCAUGCGUGCGAGGAGAUGA